CCCAGCCUACCCCGGGCUACACAACGUGAAGGACCGCUUGGCUGGAUCGCAGGAUGAUCCUAGUUAGGCGCUCUAUACGAAUUUUGCAUCACGGCAAGACAGACUCAUACAUUACUAAAGUAUAUAAGGGACAUAUCCUCACGAUAGUCAACAUGUCAACUUUUCAGCAUCAGUCAUCAUCUCUCAUUCCAAUCUCAUCAAUCUACAAAAACCCAAACCCAACUCAAACCAUUAGUGAUAUUCAUCUCAUCCACGACCUAAUCCUAAAAUAAGAAACCGACAAUGGCUCCCCUCAGCAAAACCGCCCUCCUCAGCUCCCUCGUAGCAGCCAGCGCUCUAGCCACAUCCCCCGCGCAAAUCCAAGCGCGCGACUCGAGCAACUGCCCCGGCGUGACGUUCAACCGCAACGGGCUAAGCGGAUGCUGCGUCGGCGGCACAAUCGACAGCCCGUACCUAUCCGUGUGCAAGGGGUGGCCGAUCUGCGAGGGCCCGACGACGACGACGUGGACCGCGACGCCGAUCAGCUGCGCCACCAUCGUGACCGACGGCGCGAACUACGACGCUGCCAUAUCGAGCGCGCGCGCUAGUCUGCUGGCUAGCGGGACGCAUCUCGUUACCGCGUUGGAUGGCGUGACUGCGGCGGCGGGUGGGAGUACUGGUACUGCUACUGCUGCGACCGCGUCUCCUGGAGGCAGUGGCUCGGGGACUGGGGCUGGCGCUACUGCGACGGGGUCCAGCGGAGCGGCUGCUACGAGUGAAAGUGCGGCGGGUGCGGAGACGGGUUCUGGGUCCGGAUCCUCGACUACGACUAGUUCUGGGGCGGCGGCGUCCACGUCCGAGGGUGCGGCGGCGGAGGUGGUGGUGGCGCGGUGGGGGGUUGCGGGCGGUGCGGUUGUGGCUUUUGUUGCUGCUUUGCUUUGAGUUGAGGGGAGGGGAGGGGAGGGGAGGCGGAUGGGUUUUAUCUACCUAGGCAUGUAUUAGAUUUCGCGUCAAUAGACGGGCUUUGAGGGGAUCUACCAACUGUGUCAAUUCAGCCGGCGAUGGUGUGUUAUUGUUUGUGUUUGUUUGAAUAAAAGCUGUGGAUUUUCUCUAAACGAAUAUGAUGAUUUCUUGUCACUUGAUAUGGCAUCUUUGGUUCAAUAUGAACGUAUCAUGAAGUUCCUCAAAGGUUUCCUUCAGAGCUAGAUGAUUUGCUUUAACCUGAGUACC